UUUGUUUUCUGAUUCUUAGCUUUCUUUAUUCACAACCAGAGAGAGAGUGCCAUGGCCGAAAGUUAUUUCCCUUCGACCCCAAUAACUUAUCUCCUUUGCUUUAUCACCCUCUCUACUUUGUUUGUUCGAAUUUCUGCCCGGCCCGCGACUUUCCUCGAGGAUUUCAAAGUCACGUGGUCUGAUUCCCACAUUCGGCAAAUCGACGGCGGGAGGGCUAUCCAGCUCGUUCUUGACCAGAAUUCAGGAUGUGGGUUUGCCUCCAAAAGCAAGUACCUCUUCGGACGAGUGAGCAUGAAGAUCAAACUCAUCCCCGGAGACUCGGCCGGCACCGUCACCGCCUUCUACAUGAACUCGGAUACGGACAUGGUGAGGGACGAGCUAGACUUCGAGUUUCUCGGGAACCGAAGUGGCCAUCCGUACACUGUUCAGACCAACAUCUAUGCCCAUGGCAAAGGGGAUAGAGAGCAAAGGGUUAACCUCUGGUUCGAUCCAGCCGCCGAUUUCCACACCUACACCAUCUUAUGGACCCACAAGCAUAAUGUAUUCUACGUGCCGAUAAGAGAAUACAAGAACAACGAGGCGAGAAACAUCCCGUACCCUACGUCCCAACCGAUGGGGGUCUACUCAACGUUAUGGGAGGCCGAUGACUGGGCGACACGUGGUGGGUUGGAGAAGAUUGAUUGGAGAAAAGCUCCGUUCUACGCUUAUUACAAGGAUUUCGACAUCGAAGGUUGUCCCGUUCCAGGACCGUUAAACUGCCCUUCCAGCCCCAAGAACGGGUGGGAAAGUUACGGUUACCAAACCCUAAACCCCGUCGAAGCCAGACGUUACCGUUGGGUCCGACUUAACCAUAUGAUCUAUGACUAUUGUACGGACAGGUCGCGUUACCCGGUUCCUCCGCCCGAGUGCCACGCUUGAACUCCAUCUACACAUGCAUUUACAUGUUCUUAUUUAUACGUAUAUAUCUAUAUAUAUAUGCACAUGUGAUACAAGAUAUACGAGAAAUUUAUACGGUUCAUUUGUUUUAAAUCCAAUGUAUUUGUGUGUGUGUGUGUGUGUGUGUAUUGUAUAAUUAUGGCUUGUGGUUAUGGGGAUAAUUAAAUAAACGU